CUUCCUGUUUUCUGCCACUUACAGUGCAUGGCGGCUUAUCCUAAUUCUGUGCUGAAGUGAGGUGGGAAAUCUGUACAAUAAUCCAGCAUCAGUAAGACAGACAAGGUCUGCAGGCGAUAAGGAAUCCACCAUGAAUGGGCAGCUGGAUUUAAGCGGGAAGCUGAUCAUCAAAGCUCAGCUUGGGGAAGAUAUUAGGAGAAUUCCUAUUCAUAAUGAAGAUAUCACCUAUGAUGAAUUGGUGCUAAUGAUGCAAAGAGUUUUUAGAGGAAAACUUCUGAGCAAUGAUGAAGUCACAAUAAAAUAUAAAGAUGAAGAUGGAGAUCUUAUAACAAUUUUUGAUAGCUCAGAUCUUUCCUUUGCAAUUCAAUGCAGUAGGAUACUGAAGCUGACAUUGUUUGUGAACGGACAACCAAGACCCCUAGAAUCUAAUCAGGUGAAAUACCUGCGUCGAGAGCUGAUAGAACUUCGCAAUAAAGUCAAUCGUUUACUGGACUGUUUAGAACCACCAGCUGAACCAGGGCUUUCCACUAAUCUGCCUGAAAGUGAUGCUGUAGAUGGUAGGGAAGAAAAGCCUGCUGCUGCUGACUCUAAUGUUAAGCCAUCUACUCAAGUUAUAGCAGCAAGCAUGUCUGCAUUUGAUCCGCUAAAGAACCAGGAUGAAAUCAGCAAGAAUGUCAUGUCAGCGUUCGGCUUGACAGAUGACCAGGUGUCAGGACCACCCAGUGCCCCUGCAGAAGAGCGAUCAGGAACACCGGACAGCAUUGCUUCCUCCUCUUCUGCAGCCCACCCACCUGGUGUUCAGGCACAGCAGCCACCGUACCCCGGAACACAGCCACAGACUGGUCAGGUGGAGGGUCAGAUGUACCAACAGUACCAACAGCCUGGUUAUCCUGCUCAGCAGCCGCAGGCUCAGCCCCAGCAACAGUACGGUAUGCAGUACCCAGCCGGCUACAGCCAGCAGCAGCCCCCCUCGCAGCAAGCCCAGCAGUUCCCGGCCUACAGCCCCGGCACCUUCCAGCCGCGGCCCGGCUUCACCCCGCCGCCCGGCAGCACCAUCACCCCCCCGCCCAGCGGGGCCAACCCCUACGCCCGAAACCGGCCGCCCUACGGCCCCCAGGGCUAUGCCCAGCCGGGACCUGGCUACCGGUAAGGAGGUGCCGCCCGGCACCGGCGACUCCAUCCCGACAGA